UGCAUUGCGGAGGGAGAGGAGGAGGAGGGCCUACAGCUAUUGUUCAUGUCCUCCCGUGAACAAAGGGCUCAUCUGGGUCUGUAUGUAAACCCACAGCAGGCUGAAGCCCACUGACAAGGCCUCAUGCGGGACAAAACAUAACCGACCGACUCCCGCAAUUUAGGCCUUAUUCCGUUCCAGUGUCGCGGUUUGAGGAGAUUUUUUUCAUUGAUCCUGUUCUGGGGGACGUAUUGUGUUGGUACGUUGCGUCCAGCGGGCCUAUCCGCGUCUUUACGCACGGCGCGGCGCGUACCCACGGCACGGUCUAUCACCACGGAUCUGUAAACACCAAUUCUCUGAUUGGACUUCUUUGCAGGCUGUUCCUCCAAGUCAUUCAAGCUGUACUCCCCCAAGGAGCCCCCCAACGGUAGCACUUUUCCCCCUUUCCACCCCGGCACCAUGCUGGACAGAGACGUGGGUCCCACCCCGAUGUAUCCUCCCACAUACCUGGAGCCCGGAAUAGGGAGGCACACACCAUACGGCAACCAGACAGACUACAGAAUAUUUGAACUUAACAAACGGCUACAGAACUGGACAGAGGAGUGUGAUAACCUGUGGUGGGAUGCUUUUACUACCGAGUUCUUUGAAGAUGACGCCAUGUUGACUAUAACUUUCUGUCUGGAGGAUGGACCCAAACGUUACACAAUUGGCCGGACGUUGAUCCCGAGGUACUUCCGGAGUAUAUUCGAGGGCGGAGCCACGGAGCUCUACUACGUGCUGAAACAUCCCAAGGAGUCCUUCCAUAAUAACUUUGUCUCCCUCGACUGUGAUCAGUGCACCAUGGUCACCCAGAAUGGAAAGCCCAUGUUCACACAGGUCUGUGUAGAAGGACGCUUAUACCUGGAGUUCAUGUUUGACGACAUGAUGAGGAUAAAGACGUGGCACUUCAGCAUCAGACAACACCGUGAACUCAUCCCCCGCAGUAUACUGGCCAUGCAUGCCCAGGACCCACAGAUGCUGGACCAGCUGUCUAAAAACAUCACAAGAUGUGGCCUGUCGAACUCCACACUCAACUACCUCCGACUGUGUGUGAUUCUGGAGCCCAUGCAGGAGCUGAUGUCCAGACACAAGACAUACAGCCUCAGCCCCAGAGACUGCCUCAAGACCUGCCUCUUCCAGAAAUGGCAGAGGAUGGUGGCGCCACCAGCUGAACCAUCAAGACAGGCGCCCAACAAGCGGCGGAAGCGUAAGAUGUCAGGUGGCAGCACCAUCAGCGGAGGAGGAGGAACCAAUAAUAACAACAACAACAAGAAGAAGAGUCCCGGCAGCGGCUUCCCUCUGUCCAGCCAAGUCCCAGACGUGAUGGUGGUGGGCGAGCCCACGCUGAUGGGCGGAGAGUUUGGCGACGAAGACGAGCGUCUGAUCACGCGGCUGGAGAACACGCAGUUCGACGCGGCCAACGGCAUCGACGACGAGGACAGCUUCAACAACUCCCCGGCGCUGGGCUCCAACUCGCCCUGGAACAACAAGGCCCCGUCCAGCCAGGAGAGCAAGAGCGACAACCCCACCUCACAGGCAUCGCAGUAGAGCCCAGAGCCCCCAGAGCAACCUCAACACAAACCCCUCUCUGCCACUCCUCAGAACCCCCCCAAAAACCCCCCCGACAGCCACGAGUGCAACUAGCAAAACAGCCCAUCAAUGCUCCCAGACAUCACCAACAGAGCUCAGAAUCAUCAAACACACACAGAGGGGGCCGAGGGAAACCCGGCAUGACUCAGACUCUGAGCCGUCGCUGUGACUUUCUCAUGUUUAGGCCUCUUGUCUCCCCCUUUUUCCUUCAUCUCACACUCAAAAUGUCCCAUCUGCUCUCGCUAAAUUUUCUUGUUUGGACAGCGACAUGACCGAGGAGGCGCUGGCUGGGAAUCCAGGGAGAAACUGUGCACACUCAACUAUCCACACUGACAUGUAGGAAGGGCCGGAGUAGAGGGGGAUGGUGUCAGCGGGGCUUCGAGAUGGUGGCGAGUUGCUUAGGGACCACUUGUCCACCCGUCCUCUAAAAAACGGCUCUCAAUCCUGGUCCAAUCUGUCCACGCAUGAGCCACUCGUAAUGUCUGUUCAUAGAGUAUAUGUGUGUGUGUGUGAGUGUGUCAAAAAGUGUGUGAGGAGAGGCAGUCUGAGCUUAUUUGUGGCUUUUGCUGAAGCAGAUCGACCAGAAUUUAGAGCCGGUCUAUAAAAACCAUUGAGAUCCACACACACACACUAGUAGGCGAGCUGAAAUGUGGCACUAGGGAAACAAACACACAAACACAAACACAAACACAAACACAAACAAAUAAACAUAAUGAUUGAAGGAUUUUGAGUCCCCUAGUGCCAGAGCCAUCUCUGAUUAGACUACAAUGGAUGCAGUCUUUCAAACAGAGAGCAUUUACCACACACACAUACACACACAUGCACACACACACACACUAUUACACAUUUUAAGAGUUUUUAUACAGUAUAUAUUUCCCUAGAAUGUUUUUUAAUUUGUAUUAAACGCCUUCAUUUCAAUUGUUACUUUUUUAUUUUCUACCAAUACUGAAAAGCUACAGACCAAGGAGCAACACAGGACUUUUAUCCCUCCCCCCUCUAAAAUAUAUUGUUUUUAUCUUUUAUGUUUAUAAAAGAGAAAUAAUUUAGUGUGGAUGUUUUUAUUUUGUCUUUUUCGUUCCUUUUUUGGAGAUUUAAAUUUUUGUGUAUUUGUGCUUGUAUAUUUAAGGUAGUAGCAAAGUUCUGUCUGACUGUAAUAAAAUGUAUUCUUACUUAGAUUUACCUAAAGCCAUCCCGAUCUAAUGUAAAGAAACAAAAAUAGGAAAAAGGAGAAAAAACACUCAUGAACCUGUUCCCUCUAUCUUCCCACCUGCUCUUUCCUCUUCCCUCUUUUUUAAAACUUGUGUAAAUUAAAUUACAAAAACCCCGGGGGUACAAUGGCACCAUGGAGUGAUGAUUUUACCGUUUCAGAAGAUUUUUAUUUUCUUUCUAUUUAUUUGGGAAACUUUUAGAAAUUCACACAUUCAUGAUUCAUGUAUUUCAUUCAUACAGGAAGUGAUUUUUCACUUAAAAUUCAUCACAAUUUUUGUGUAACUGCAACUUUCGACUUGAUGUCAAGUGAAUGUGCUCACUGGAUUUUAGUCAACUGGUGAAUUUCAUAUUUCAUCACUGACUAAAACUGAUUUUUUUUGUCUAAAUUGCCUUCAUUUGUGCAUUUGUCUUUCACAACCACCAGAAUGAUCCAUCAAUCAUCCAGACAUCUUCUAAAGCCAGCUUAACAUUAAGUUCAGUCGUCACAUUGGGUAGCAACGCUGAGUCUGUAAAGAUAAAAGUUUGUUUUGUACAUUUCCAUUUUGUUACAGUUGAUUCCAGCAACAGUUAUGACUGAGUUUGAAUGGUGACUUGUACCUUCUCCAAUCCCUGUAGAAAAAUCAUUGUUUGAUAUAUAUUUUUUGAUUUGGUUAGUUUCUGCCCUUGAUAAUUAAUGUAUGGUACCAAUAAAAAGAUACAUUUUCACUUUAUAA